UCUCCGUGCCACUUAUCGUACGCGUGCCCUUGUCGUUAUCAUCGACGCGACUCUCUGUGCUAACACCGGAAGUUGGGUCGAAGCUCGUGGGAUCAGUAGUGGGUUGUUGUUGGCCGCAGACACGCGGGCAAUUGCGCCGCAAAUCAGAGGAUAUCGCUCCGGCGAGAAAAUAUGCGCCCUUAGAGUGUCGACAAGCGAAUUGCCUGGAAUUGCGCCACUGCUUUUGCCACGCUCCGUCAUUUCUGCACUGGCGUCAACACUUUACGGAGAGCCGAGCGAUUCGCAAAGAUGAAUUGCGCUUACCAGUACCCGCAAGCGAUGCAUCCACAAAGUGCCAUGAACGUGCAUCAAACGAUGCCACAGCAGAUGCACCAUCAGUCCUCCGACACGGAAUUUCUCGAGGAUCACCCGGGACUGCGUGGCACGCCACUGGCGAUGCUCGCCGCCCAGUGCAACAAGCUAAGCAGCAAGAGCCCGCCGCCAUUGGCGGACGCCGCAGUCGGUAAGGGCUUUCACCCUUGGAAGAAGAGCCCGCAAAGCAGCGGCAGCUCGCCCCAGCACACAAGUAACACGGGCACCGGGUGCACGGCCACCGGUGUUACGCAACGACCGACCGCGACGAGCAGCGCCGGUAGCGCCGGAGGUGGCUACGCUCGCGCCCCCGUCACCUCCUGCGCCUCGACCGCGCCCCAGUACGCGAGCGACCUCUACUUUCCGGGGACGGCUAGCGCCCAAGCUACGAGCGAUCAUCAUCACCAGAGCAGCAUCCUCGGCAAGGUCGAGGGGGCCACUCUGGGCUCGUGCUCGGUCUACGGUAGACACCCCUACGAAUCCUGGCCGUUUAACGCGAUGCCCGGGGCGAGCCACGGUGGCAUCAAGGCCACCGACGGCUGGUGGGACGUGCACGGUGCCGCGACCGGUAGCUGGCUCGACGUGAGCGGCACCGUGGGCGUGGGCGUGCACGCAGCCCAGAUGGCCAACUACUCGGCGGACUACUCGACGAGUCUCGCCCUCGCGGGAAAUCAUCUGCUAAGCCAGACGAGCGCGGGCCACAACCUGCUGCAAGACACGUACAAGUCGAUGUUGCCGGGCGGCCCGCCAGGCUUUGGACUCCAUCACCACGGCGGCGGCGGCGGUGGCGGCGGUGGCGGCGGUGGCGGCGGUGGCGGCGGUGGCGGUGGCGCCGGCACCGGGGCAUCGAGUCCCCAGAGCGCGGCCGGGGCCGGGGCCGGGGUCGUCGGUCAGGCACCGUCGCCGCGGUCCCAGCGUCGUUACACGGGCCGCGCCACCUGCGACUGCCCCAACUGCCAAGAGGCCGAGCGACUGGGACCCGCGGGUGUCCACCUAAGGAAGAAGAACAUCCACAGCUGCCACAUACCGGGCUGCGGCAAGGUCUACGGGAAGACGUCCCACCUGAAGGCCCACCUGCGCUGGCACACGGCGGCACCUUCGAACCCACACCGGCGAAAAGAGAUUCGCCUGCCCGGUCUGCAACAAGCGGUUCAUGCGCAGCGAUCAUCUCGCGAAGCACGUCAAGACCCACAGCAGCAGCAGCAGCAGCGGCAGCAAGGGCAAGGGGGGAGCGGGGAGCUCGUCGGCCGAGUCCUGCUCCGACAGCGAGGACAACGGGAGUCAGCAGAGUCCCACUUCCAGCUCGGCGGCGGCGCUGGUCCAGGUGUCCCAGGUAACCCAGGGGGCCCCGCAGGCCCAGCCGGGCCCUCAGCCGCGGCAAAUGCAGCUGGGGGCUCAGCAGGGCCAGCCGGGGGCCCAGGGCUCCCAGGACACCGGCACCAGCUCGCAGCAGAGCAGCGCCAACAGCACCUUGUCGCAUCAGUCGACGGCGCCCAUGACCCCAAUGCAGAUGACGCAUCCCUCGUCUCUGAGCCAACACCAUCCCCACCACCCGCAUCUCCCGCCGCUAAUGCACCAUCAUCCUCAUCAUCACGCGGCGGCGGCAGCGGCGGCGGCAGCGGCGGCGGCGGCAUCCGUCUCGGCCCAUCACCAUCAUCAUCAUCAUCAUCCUCACGCCGGGAUGAGCAUGCACUGAGCCCGGUGGGGCCCGGAGCAGCCACCCACGCGGCCCUGGGCUCCCCCCUAUCCUACCCCCUGAACCUCAACCUCAUACACCAGAAUCACAGCUCCCAGGGUGCUAUGCUGGGCAUGCAGUCGUCCCCCUCCCACCACCAUACCGGCGGCUACCAGUCGCAGUCACAGACCCAAACCCAGUCCCAGUCACAGUCUCAGUCUCAGUCCCAGCCGCAGUCGCAACCGCAGUCGCAGCCGCAAUCGCAGCCGCAGCAUCUCCAUCAUCACCAGCAGCAGCAGCAGCAGCAGCAGCAGCAGCAGCAGCAGCAGCAGCAGCCGCAGCCGCCUGCUGGUCCUUACUCCCAGACUCCCGGCACUCCUGGGCAAACUCAGACCCCGUCGCCAUCCUCGCCACCACCUGUACAUAGUCUCUAGGCCGACACUCCUACGCGCUACCCCCUUCUCCCUCGCACGCCACAUGGUCUUUGAUUAUUAAUCGCGGCUUUCGUAUUAAUUACUAUCUUCAUACAUUUAAUUAACGUUUACUAUCGAUUACCGACUAUUGCAUUCAGACAAAAACAAGAAUAGAGAAAACGAGCCGACUACCGCUACUUUCGCCAAAUUGUACCAUGACUAUUAUUAUUAUUAUU